AUGUCUGCUGAUCGCACGCAGCAUAAAAUCACGCGCUCUCUAGAAACGCAUGAGGAAAGAGUGUCGCAAACGCAUGAGGAAAGGGUGUCGCGUUUGUCUGCUGACCGCAUCCGCCACGAAACCUCACGUUCUAUAGAAACGCAUGAGGAAAGAGUGUCGCGUCUGUCUGCUGAUCGCACGCAACAUGAAAUCACGCGCUCUCUAGAAACGCAUGAGGAAAGAGUCUCGCGUUUAUCUGCUGACCGCAUCCGCCACGAAAUCUCGCGUUCUGUAGAAACGCAUGAGGAAAGAGACUUGCGUUUAUCUGCUUCUCGAAUUCGUUACUGUGAUAGGCAGGAAAUUAACGCUCAUCACCAGGAAGAAGAAAGGAGUCGUGUGCAAGAACUGCGACAAUCACAACACAGUGACAUCCGAAUGGUGCACUUAGAGGAAGACCGCAUGCGCCAUGUCGUUCUUAGGCUGCCUGUUCGCGAUGAUGAUGCUUCCAUGGUAUGCGAUUCGGAAGAUUUACAAUGGACGGAAAUAGAAAAAAGUGCAUUUUAUUAUGACCCGUUAAUAAAAUAUGCCGAUAAUACUAAUCUUGGCUCAAGGAACAAAAGAUGCGCGCAUUGCCGUGCCCUGAAGUGGGAUCGAGAACCCAAAGGAAUGUGUUGCUCAUCUGGCAAAGUUAAUUUAGAAAGGAUACAAGAACCACCAGAACCUUUGAAAGGAUUGUUGAAUGGAGAACAUCCGCAGUCGAAACACUUUUUAAGCAAUAUACGGGCCUAUAACAGUGCAUGCCAGAUGACUUCAUUUGGAGCAAAUCAGAUCAUUGAGGGGGCAUUUAAGCCUACUUUCAAGAUACAGGUACAAGUCUACCAUCUAAUCGGCUCUUUGUUACCGACCGAUGUUCCAAGGUUUCUGCAAAUAUACUUUGUAGAUAAUUACCAAGAGCAAGCAAAUAUUAGGCAGCAACAUAUACCUAAUUUAGACUCGGGUUUGGUAAGCAUUCUACAAAAUAUGCUUCAUAAUGUGAACCCGUUCGUCAACAGCUUUAAAGCGGCACUUGAAUCCGUCUCAGAUGACGAGUGCAGUAAUUACAAGUUUGUAAUUACUGCUGAUAAAAGGCCAAUUGGAUCACAUCCGGGUCGCUAUAAUGCACCAACCACAAAUGAAGUCGCUGUCCUGUUAGUCGACCAGGAUUGCGAUCGGAGGGACAUUGUGAUAUGCACUCAUGACGAUCGACUUCAAAGAAUCAGUGAGACUCAUCGCGCUUAUGAUUCGUUGCAGUAUCCUUUAAUGUUUUGUCGAGGUGAAGACGGAUACAAUUUUGGCGUAUAUAAUGUUGAUCCUCGCACGGGUGCUCCGAAUUUUAAUAAAAAACUUCUGCAAUGCAGUUCAACAGUUUUUUAA